CUUAUCUUAUCUCACGCCAAAACACCGAAAUUUUCUGUUCUUAGACUGAGACUCUACUAUUCACGUUCGGGAUUCUGAAUAUGGAGGCUUUCCAACUACUCUCUCGGGGGGGUAUUAGAUUCGACAAGAACCGUUUUAGCAAAGACGUUCAGCUAUUCAAUGGUAAUAUCAGAAAGCCAGAAACGAGGAAAAAUUUCAGUGCGACAUCGAAAACAGAACUUCCCCCGGAACUUGACUUCUUCAAAUAUGCUCAGGGAACUGGAAAGCGUAAAGCAGUCGGAAAGCCAGCGGAAACGUCGAAGAAGAGACGUUUAAAUUUGCAUGAUGAUGAACUAGAAAGGAAUGAGGAGGAUGAAAAUGAGCUUCCCGACGAUGAAGCAGAAGAGGAAACCUCGAAAGACGUUACUGAAAACCGUCCGAAACAAAGGCACCGUGUAACUGCAAAAGGUUCAAAGGUUCCAGAGCCUGCUGAUACGUUCAAUGAGAUGCGGGAUAGGUACCAUAUAUCGUCACAUAUCAUGGCGAAUCUAUCGAAGAACGGAUAUGAAAUUCCCACUGGAAUCCAAUCCUACGGAAUACCGAUCUUGUUGGAGUCUAGAGAUCUUGCAGCUGUAUCACCAACUGGAACAGGGAAGACGCUGUCGUAUCUGUUGCCUGUCCUAGCUGCACUGAAACAUCCGGCUUCAAGUAAGCAGGAGGAUUCUGGAGACGGUUCCGGUGUUCGAGCCCUUGUACUUGCACCGACCAAAGAACUCGCACACCAGAUACACAAUGAAUGCUUGAAGUUAUCACAAGGUCGCAAGUGGCGCAUCGUCCUCUUUAGCAAGGCAACUGCCAAUACAUUAUCAGACAAGACCGUACGAGACAAAGUAGAUAUCAUCAUAAGUACGCCGUUGCGAUUAGUAGCCUCUUUACAGUCCGGAAAUCUCAGCUUGAGCAACGUGCGACAUCUCAUUCUGGAUGAGGCCGACCGAAUGCUUGACUCGGAAUUUUUGCCACAACUUCAAGAGGUCGUCGCCGCAUGCUCACAUUCACAGUUACAGAAGGCCGUCUUUAGUGCAACCCUGCCAGCAAAUGCUGAGAAACUCACCAUGGAUUUGUUGAACGACCCAAUUCGAGUGGUUGUGGGACUCAAGGAUACACCGUUACCACUCAUCGCACAGUCAUUAACAUACGUGGCCGAUGAUCCCUCGAAACUUCCUAGCCUCUUAACACACUUUUCCCAACCCUACAAUCCACCUGUUGUCAUUUUUACAUGCACUCAAGCUCGUGCGUCAUCGUUAGCGGAGGAACUAGUCUUGAACGGGAUCCCAAACGUCGACUGCCUGCAUGCUGGAAUGACAGCGAAGGAACGAGAGGAUACUGUCAGCCGAAUGCGAAAGGGUCUAUGUUGGGUCUUGAUUAGUACAGAAGUCAUGGCUCGAGGAAUGGACUUCAAGGGUGUUCAAGAGGUUAUCAACUACGACUUCCCCACAAGUGUUCAGAGUUAUAUCCAUCGAAUUGGUCGUACGGGCCGUGCAGGACGGGAAGGGAAGGCUGUAACAUUCUUUACAGACGAAGACGCUCCCUUCUUGAAGUCGAUCGCUAAUGUGUUGCUUCAAUCUGGCUCUCUGGUUCCUGACUGGAUAUUAAAGCUUCCAAAACCGUCCAAGAUGAAACGAAGAGAGAUGGGCAAGGCCGCCCGGUCCGAGACUGUCAACCCGGCACGGAAAGUUGGGCGGAGAGACGCUCUCAAGAAGAGGGAGAUGAUUGCCGGUUCAAAGCGACGGCAGGCAAAGGAGGACAGUAAUAAAAAGUCACCCCCAGUUGAAUCCAGCUAGUUCAGGAUGGCAAUCAAUUCCUUUUACUUCCUUUU